AUGUCCUACUAUACGAGCUCGCCACCGCCGCAGUCCUCCUCUUUGCCAACUCACUACGAAGACCCCCGUCCAGCGACUGCAGACGACUUCGAAGACGAAGAGGGACGCGACGUGCCCUCGCCAUCUGAGUAUGUAGGCGCGUCCUCUACGGCUGCCAGCACUGCGCCUUCAUCUCCAUCCACAUUCAAGUCUGAAGACGAUGAUUUUGAUUCGGCGUUUGUGAAAAGCGAAGAGGACCUUGGUGUGCCGGACGUACGAAUGAACGACGGGCCAGAGUUUGUGAAAGAUGAAGACAAGGAGGACUUAGACGCGUUGAACUUGGAGACAUUCAACAUGAAGCAGGACGACUUCGAGAAGCUGGACUUCAUCCUCAAGAAGUCCACGCUCUACUCCUCUAUCCUCUGCGAGCGCAUGGAGGAGAACAAGCGGCGGCAGGCAGAAGGAAUUGCCGCCCUGCGUGCCUCCAAGGCGCAAGCCCUCUCCCCAGCUGGCAUCACGCACGAUGACGACGACAGCGCGCCGCGGAUGAAAGGAGGGAAGCGCCUUCGGUCUGACGGCGACGAUGACGGGUGUUCGAGGAAGAGGGUGAAGAGCGAGGACUUGGAGGAGGAAGUGGGGAUAUUCCCGCAGCCGGGUCUGAUCACGGGCGCGAAGAUGAAGAACUACCAGCUGGAGGGGCUGCAGUGGAUGGUGGCCCUGCACCAGAACGGGAUAUCUGGCAUCCUGGGCGACGAGAUGGGCUUGGGCAAGACGCUGCAGACGAUCGCGUUCUGCGCCUACCUCCGCGAGCUGGGGUUCUCGAAGCCGAUGAUGAUCGUCUGCCCGCUGAGCGUGCUGCAUAACUGGGGCUCGGAAUUCGAGAAGUUCGCGCCGGCUAUACCCGUGUGUCUGUACCACGGAACGCCCGAGGAGCGCGCUGAGCUGCGGCGCACGGUCUUAGUUCCCCUUCCCGAUGAUGAUGACGAGGACAAAGGUUCUGUGGGGGCGGUGAAGACGAAGGCGCAGCCGAGUAAGAGAGGAAAAGCGGGGACGGGUAAAGGGAAGAAGGCGAAGGGGGCACAGGCAAAGGGAAAGGUGGUGGGAAAGGCGCGAGGCGGGCAGAGCAGGCAGGGCGCGAAGGCAGAAUCGACCACGGGGAGAAGGAGAUCGGGGAGGCAGCGGCAGAAGCGGGUCGUCGAAGACGAGGAGGAAGACGAAGAAGAGAACGACGUGGAGGAUGAGGCGGCGGACGAAGAGGAGGGAAGUCACGCCGAGGCGCAGAAAGUUGAGAAGGACGAAGUUGUGGAUACUAUGUCGAAGGAGGAGAAGGAGGCGAAGGAGAAAGCGACAAGUGAAGCGGUGGAGAGGUUCCCUGUGGUGGUGACGACGUACGAGAUGGUGAUCAAAGACCGGGCGCAGCUGGGUGUGCAUAAGUGGGGGUACAUCGUAGUGGAUGAGGGACAUCGGCUGAAGAAUAUCGACUGUAAGUUGAUUAAGGAGAUCAAGAAGUACACGACGGCCGGGAGGAUGAUUUUGACGGGGACGCCGUUGCAUAAUAACCUCGCAGAGCUUUGGUCGCUGCUCAACUUCGUACUCCCAGAGAUCUUCGGAGACCUCGACACGUUCCAAGAACUAUUCAACUUGCCUGCGAUGCAGACGACGGUCGGGUCGGAGCGCGCGAGCCAUGUCAUCGACUCCCUGCACUUGAUCCUCAAGCCGUUCCUCCUGCGGCGCAUGAAAGCGGAUGUAGAGCUCAGCCUCCCGCCGAAGAAGGAGUACGUGCUGUACGCGCCGCUCACGGAGAUGCAGAAAGACCUGUAUGGGAAGGUGCUCAACGGCGGGCUGCGCGCGCACCUGAUCGGGCGGGAGAAGAAAGGCCCUAGCAACACCGACGAAGAGACCAAAGAUACGGGUAAAACGGUUGAUGAGGGAGAGGGGUUGGGUGACGGGGAAGGAGGUGAAAAGAUGAAGCUGCGGAGCGAGAAGAGGGGAGGGAAGCGGAAGGUGAAGGUGAAGAAGCAUUAUGAUGUGGAUGGAGACGAUGAAGAGUAUUUCAAAAAGCUGGAGCGGGGCGAGCUGGAUUCGCGGGGGUUCAUCGUGGAUCCGACGAAUAAUGACGAAGCAGAGAUGGCCGAGCUCGGGAGGGAGCAUCAGCAUAAGACGACUGUUAAACAAGUCAACAAUAUGAAACUGCAGAACACGGUGAUGCAGCUCCGUAAAGUCUGCUCGCACCCGUUCCUCUUCGACUGGCCGCUGGAUCCCAAGUCCCAACAGCCAGUGAUCGACGAGCGGCUCGUUGAUUGCAGCGGCAAGAUGAUGGUCCUAGAUCGCCUGCUCACGGAGUUGUUCAAGCGGAAACACAAAGUGCUGUUGUUCAGCCAGUUUACCACCAUGCUCGACAUUAUCGAGGAUUGGGCAACGGAGUUCAAGUCGUGGAAGCUGUGUCGAAUAGACGGGAGCAGUCCCCCGCUCGUACGGCGCAACCAGGUGGACUUGUUCCAGAAGGGCGGCGACGGCCCGGACGUGCCCUGCCUUUUCCUCCUCAGCACGCGCGCGGGAGGCCUGGGCAUCAACCUCACCGCCGCAGACACCGUCAUAUUCUACGACCAGGACUGGAACCCGCAAAUGGACAUCCAAGCCCAGGAUCGCGCGCACAGGAUCGGGCAGACGAAGCCGGUGCUGAUCUUCCGUCUCGUGAGUGCGCAUACGAUAGAGACGAAGAUCAUGCAGCGCGCGAAUGAGAAGCGGAGGCUAGAGGCGCUUGUCAUCGCCAAAGGCAAGUUCAAAAUGCCCGGUGCAGCCUCAGCGAAGCGUGGCGCAAAGUCGAGCAGUAUGGGCCUUGUCGAUAUGGCGGCUGAACUCCUGCAGCUGGAAGGCGAGAAGAUAGAGGUUGUGCCGAAUACGACGGCGGGGAAACGGUCGGUGCUGAGCGAUGCGGAUUUGAGGGUGCUGCUUGAUCGGAGACCUGAGGUUUUUACUGAGCGCGGCAGAGGUUGGACGUCUGCUGGUAAUGGAGAAGGCGUGCAUUCGCGAGGGAAUGUCAAGGGAGCGAAGACGGCGUUUGCUGUGUACGAGCCCGCGGCCAAUGAAGCGAACGAAGCCGUGGCUGCAAUUCUUGGUGAAGACAUCAAGGACAUCUAG